GGUGCAGCCUCUGGAGACCGCACCUAGCCUUGAGGAAGAGUCCAGAGAGAGGAAAUGUCCCCUGAGCCAAGGGAAGCAAGGCCUCAGGUGUCCGUGACAUUUGAGGACGUGGCUGUGUGCUUUACUCGGGAUGAGUGGAGAAAGCUGGAUCCUUCUCAGAGAAGCUUGUACCGAGAGGUGAUGCUAGAGAACUACAGCAACCUGGCCUCACUGGGUCUCCCAUUUACCAAACCGAAGGUGAUCUCAGUGUUACAGCAAGGAGAAGAUCCUUGGAAGGUUGAGACGGAAGGUGCUAGAGGCUCCACACUUGGAUGGAAGCACAGUCACAAAACCACAAAGUCAACACAAACACCAGAUUCUUCAUUUCAAGCACUGAUAAUGAAAAGAUCCAAAAGGAAUGCGCCCUGGAACUUGAAAUCAGAAAAACGUUGCAUAUAUGAAGACAAAUCAGAGAAAAAGAAGGGUAAGAGUACAGAAAGAAGUCAUAAAACCAAUGAGUUUACUCACAAGUUCAGCCCAAAGUCAGUCUUUAUGAGACAACAGAUAGUUUCCAGAGAAGAAACACCACCAAAAUGUGAAAAAGAAGCAAACACUUUCAAACAGAAUUCAGACUUACCUAAUCAACCAAAACUCACAGCAGAGAAACGCUAUCAGUGUAGUAUUUGUGAGAAAACCUUCAUUAACACUUCAUCCCUUCGUAAACAUGAGAAAAACCAUAGUGGAGAGAAAUUAUUUAAAUGUAAAGAAUGUUCAAAAGCCUUUAACCAAAGUUCAGCUCUUAUUCAACAUCAGAUAACACACACUGGAGAGAAACCUUACAUUUGCAAAGAGUGUGGGAAAGCUUUCACCCUCAGCACAUCCCUUUAUAAACACCUAAGAACCCACACUGUGGAAAAAUCCUACCGAUGUAAGGAAUGUGGGAAAGCCUUUGGAAGAAGGUCAGGCCUUUUUAUACAUCAGAAAGUUCACGCCGGAGAAAAUCCUUGUAGAUACAAUCCAGGUAGGAAGGCAUCUAGCUGCAACACAUCCUUUCCUGGCCAAAGACUUCAUUCCAGAAAGAAGUCCUAUUUGUGUAACGAAUGUGGCAAUACCUUUAAGUCCAGCUCUUCCCUUCGUUACCACCAGCGAAUUCACACUGGUGAGAAACCUUUUAAAUGUAGCGAGUGUGGGAGGGCCUUCAGUCAGAGCGCAUCACUUAUUCAACAUGAGAGAAUCCACACUGGAGAAAAGCCCUACAGAUGUACUGAAUGUGGGAAAGGCUUCACUUCUAUUUCACGACUCAACAGACAUCGAAUAAUUCAUACUGGUGAGAAGUUCUAUAAUUGCAAUGAAUGUGGCAAAGCCUUGAGUUCCCACUCAACACUUAUUAUUCAUGAGAGAAUUCAUACUGGGGAGAAGCCAUGUAAAUGUAAAGUGUGUGGGAAAGCCUUCAGACAAAGUUCAGCUCUCAUCCAACACCAGAGAAUGCACACUGGAGAGAGACCCUAUAAAUGCAACGAGUGUGGGAAGACAUUCAGGUGUAACUCCUCCCUGAGUAACCACCAGAGAAUUCAUACUGGGGAGAAACCAUACCGAUGCGGGGAGUGUGGGAUGUCAUUUGGCCAAAGUUCAGCUCUUAUUCAGCAUCGAAGGAUUCAUACGGGAGAGAAACCCUUUAAAUGUAAUACAUGUGGGAAAACUUUUAGACAAAGCUCCUCACGUAUUGCACAUCAGAGAAUUCACACAGGGGAGAAGCCCUAUGAAUGUAACACCUGCGGGAAACUGUUCAACCACAGGUCAUCUCUUACUAAUCACUAUAAAACUCAUGUGGAAGAGGACUCCUAGAAAGCAGAUUUGCAUCCUUGAAGGCCUAAACCAAAGCUCAUCAGAGAAUAUGUGCUCAAGAAUGGAGUAAGAAAUGUUAAUGGAUGUGAAAAUCUAUAUUCAUUCAGUUCUCAACUCCGACUGCAUAAUAAUUAUGAGGAAAAUAUUUGUGCCUGUUGGACACUUUUUAAAAUUACUUGAGAGCUGGACAUGGUUGUACACACCUCUAGUUCCAACUAAUUAGGAGGCCAAGGUAGGAAGAUAUUUUGAGCUCAAAGAGUUUGAGACCUUGUCUCAGAAAUGAUGAUGGUGACAACAAUGGUGGCGAUAAUGACCUAAAAUGAAUAAUUCACAACUAGAGACACUGACUUUGGGCGUUUGUAAAAUAAAUGGCAUUUGAUUUAC